GGAAGGAGAGAAGGGAUGAAAACGGAGGAAAGCCCGCAGCCCUGUCAGCAGCAGCCUCCAUCUUCAACGCCUUUUGGUCAGGAGUACAGGGGAGGGGGAGAGGUGUGCGCGGCCUGCGAGUCUCCCAUCGCCGACCGCUUCCUUCUGCGCGUGAACGAGCGCUCCUGGCACGAGACCUGCGUCAAGUGCGCAGUGUGUUUGAGCGCGCUCACCGGAACCUGUUACUGCAGGGACCGCCAGCUGUACUGCAAGCACGACUAUGAAAAGCUGUUUGUAAGGAAGUGCAGCGCAUGCCUGCAGGUGAUUGGACGUUCAGAGCUGAUAAUGCGUGUGCUCGGCCAGGUGUACCACCUGGGCUGCUUUACCUGCUGUGAGUGUGAACGCCGGCUGCAAAGAGGUGAUGAGUUUGUACUGAAAGAAGGCCAGCUGCUCUGCCGUAUGGACUAUGAAAAGGAGAGAGAAAUGUUGGCUGCUAUUAGUCCCACGCCAACUGAUUCAGUUAAAAGUGAGGAUGAGGAUGGUGGAGGAGGCUCCGGCGGGGGAAAAGGUGGUGAUGAAAGCAAGGAUCACAAGCGUUCAAAACGACCACGCACCAUUUUGACCACACAGCAGCGGCGCGCUUUCAAGGCCUCCUUUGAAGUGUCUGCUAAACCUUGCCGCAAGGUGAGAGAGACGCUGGCUGCUGAGACCGGGCUGACUGUGCGUGUUGUGCAGGUGUGGUUUCAAAACCAGAGAGCCAAGAUGAAAAAGAUCGCUCGCAGACAGCAGCAACAGCAGCAGCAGCAGCAGGAACAAGAGCAGCUGGGAGGGACCAGGCGAGGGUCAAAUGGCUCCAGUACCCAUGGCAUGGAUGGGAUGCUGGGGUAUCCCUCUCUGCCACGUCAGCAGCUACUCGCUCUGGACCCCAACAUCUACGGUGGAGAACCAUUUCGACAUGGGCUUACACCGCCUCAGCUGAGCAACGAGCAGCUCCACUCCUAUGACUCAGAGACAGUGUUCCAUGACCUGGACAGCGAUGGAAGCCUCGGUCACCUUGGAGACUGCCUCUUGGCAACAGGGGACGGCAGUCUCCUGCCAGGGCGAGUGGGAAACCCCAUCGACCGCCUCUACUCCAUGCAGAACUCCUACUUCACCUCCUGACCCUUAUAAACUCUCGCCCUUCCCACUCCUAUUCCACCUUUCACCUCAGAGAUGCAGCUAAUGGAGUCUGUCCAUCAACAUGCCUGUGGGACCGCGCUCCAUGAAACAGCCUACACCCAAACACACUCCUGAGCUUUUAUCACAGGCUAAACAUCAUCACAAAGCCAAACAUAGUCAUCGUAUCCCUUUGCAGCAUUAGCUACAUGUUCCAAACAUCUUUUCUUGAUAAGAAUCACAUGCUGGAAAUAAAAACACUGUAAAUGUCCAAGAUAUGUAAAAAGACCUCAAUUUCGCCUGUUGUAUUUAUGUAAUGUUCAAUGAAACACUUUUCAUGGCACUUUCCGACAAAAAAAUGACAAACAAAAGACACCUAUCAAACAUAUUUAUGUGUAUAUCAUGAUUUACAACAGAUUGGUUGUUGAAAGUGAAUUCAUCAAUCAAGUUAUGUGCUUAUGGAGUCUUGGCAGGCCUUAUGAGCAGCUAAGAGUCUAAAUUAGAUUAGUAUAUUGCAUUCUUUUGACAGGACUAGUGAUUAGUUAUUGUGUGUGGAAGACUGCAGCGUAUACAAUACUGUAUAUGGAUUGGAGUACAAUUUUGCUCUCAGGUUAGUGUGUAUGUUUAUGUGACCUGAGCUAUAACUCAGGAUAUUGAGCUGGAUAGAAGUACAAUUUAACUUGCCCAGUAACUUCAAGGACGCGGAUUGCAAAGAGGAAGAAACUCUUCAUGUAAAAUGGUAAUUUCAAACUACAUUCUUAGUUUUUGAUAAUGCAUGACAGGUUUAAUAUGUACCAAUACAAAUGUUAAAAUCCCAUCUUCUUUUUGAGCAUUUAGACAACAUUACAGGGUAAUUUGAGGAGCCUUACGCGGAAACAGGGUUGUAUAAGUGAUUAUUUAUUUUUGCUUUGCCUUCUCUUUUAUAAUGUAAUCACUUAGAAACAGUGCAGUAAAAGACAACCAAUAGAUCUAUAAUGCCCAAAAGUUAGAACACUGGGCACAUGAUGAUGUGCUCUCAAAUGUAAAUGUGAGUAUGACUGUGUUACAAUUAAUUGUUGUAGUCAAUUUCUGUAAUAACUUCUUUCUCAAACAUCUCAAAUUAGAUGUUGUUAGGUAGAUAUUUUGUACCUUCUUCUGUGAUAAUCAGCAAAUAUUUAAAUUGUAGCAUGAUAUUUAUGUGUCACAAAGUAGGUCUAAAGAAAUCCAUACUGAAGUUGGAAAGCAAGUGCAGAAAGCACCAGGAUCAGAUUCACAAUGUGGUGCAGAAUAAAAUAGGAUUAGGGUGAUACUUGUUUAAUUUAGGUGCCAGUGAUCGGCUACAGCUUGUGACAUUCUUUCAUGACAUUAUAUGUUUGACUCUGAUCACUGGCUCAUGGUAUUUUCACAGUGAUAUUUUUGUAAAUGUAACUUAUUUGUGCGGUAUUAGGCGAGUUCCUAUCUUACUUUUUUGUUCAGUGACGGCCAGGUGAUGUGCUUUGAAUGUAAUG